AUGAUGCAAGAAGAAGAAAAACGGCUACUGGAAAAGUUCAAGCAGAUGGACAAGGAUGGAAGCGGAUCGCUUAGUCGUAAAGAAGUGAAACGGUGCAUGAGAGCAUGUGGGUUUGACGAUUGCUUCAUUAACGAUUUUAUCAAAACGUUCGAUUUGGAUGGUGAUGGCAACAUCACACUGGCGGAAUAUGAAAGAGUUCUGAAUAUUGUUCCCGCGCAUGAAAAAGAAUUGGCAAUGUGGCGAAAUGUUUUCCACGAAGUUGACACCGAUCAUUCGGGAAAGAUUUCGGUAUCCGAAUUAGAAGUUCUUAUGAAGGAUAUGGGUUACGAUUGUCACGCAUCCGACUUGAAAUGUUGGCUGUCCGCGCAGGAUUUGGACAAGGACGGCGAGCUCAGUUUGAACGAGUUCCUUUCAUUCAUCUCACGCUAA